CAGGGGGGGCAGUUUAGGGCACAACACCGCCCCGAAAAACAGUCCCUUUCUAUUUUUUAACUUUCGCUUUCAUUCAUACUGGAGGAACGAUCUCUCGACGCGUAAGGAAACAACGGCCAAUAAAUAUAAAAUAAUCAUGAAUAACAAGACCAAUUUGACUAACGUCAAUUACGUAAUUUAUGGUUGCAUUUGUCUGUCAGGCCUAUUGGGAACCCUCUACAUAUAUGAUGUUUCUCUCUGGGAUUGGCGUGUCAUAAUAUGUGGCUGCCUCAUCCUUGUGUGUCCGUUCAUUGUGCGCACAAUCUAUUUCAACUGGAAUUCCUCCCCACUUCUCUCAGUAAAAGUACAUGUGCUGGUUGCUGGAGAAACUUUUCAGGCCCAUGAAACCUUCAUACAAAAGCUGAAGCUGCAGAUAGAGCUCUGCAGUGCAGAGAGCAGCAACGUCAUCCUGCUCUUCUGUCCUGUUGUUUCUCGGAUUGGGACAGACAUGGAGGCAGCCAUGGACAGAGUUACAGUAAAAAAACCUGUCAUCCGGGUGUUCAUGCACCACUGUCACAAACCCAGUGACAUGACCAACAUCACAGUGCAACCAUCCAGGGGCAACAUAGUGCAAGUCGUCCACUGUGCCUUUCUCGAAUACGGUGGGCUGCUGCAAUGCAGCGAAAACAAUCAGGCAGUCUCUGAGGUCCGUAUGAUGUUGCAGAAAUACCAGCAAGGAAACGGACCCUCCACAGAGGAGAUAUCUAAAUCAGUAUAAUCAGUUAAUUUCAAAGAAAUUGUGUGAUUAUUCAGCUGGGCAAUUUAACUGUGCUGUGUAGAUAGAUAAACCAUCUAAGUAACAGAUUAUGGUUCACAUUAGACAGAUGUUAAUUGUGUUGUACUGUAUGUAACUGAAAACUUCAACACUGAAAGAUAAUAAAC